GUCGUUUUAUUGUUUUCGUUGUGAAAUUCCCGCAAAUAAAAUCAAAGAAUAAAUAAAAUUAAAAAUGAGCACUUGGAAUCCGGAAUACGAUGUGGAGCUAACCGACUCCGAGGAUGAGAUUGCAAUGAAACGCGACUUUCACGGACGCGAGGCAAUACUCUUUGUUGUGGAUGCCAAUCUAGAGACAGAACGCCUGAUGGAUGCGCUGAAGCUAAUACGCGGCGCCUUCAUCUCGGGCAUGCUGGUAAAUGGCAAGGAUCUGAUGGGCCUGGUGUUUGCCAACACCAAACAUAGUCCACCGCCGCAGGAGCUGCAAUGCCUGGAGAAUAUUGUGGUGCCGGCAAACUGUGCCGUCUUCCUGCCGCUGCGACAGCUCACAAAGGCCAUAGUGGAACACUAUCUGGAAUUUAUGGCCAGCGCAGAGGAGCUGUUCGCCAGCGAAUAUGGCCUGGCGGAGCCAGAUGGACGCGGCAGCUUUGCCUAUAUGAUACGCCUCUGCAUUGAGCUGCUGGAGAAGUGUGGCAAGAAGCUAAACAAUGCCAAGAUUGUGUACCUUACGGACGUCGAGGAGCCGCAUCCGUCAUCCAGCCGCGAGUUUCAAGCGGCGCUGCAAAAGGCCAGCGAUCUAGAGGGCAAGGAGUUCGAGUUCCAGGUGGUGCCCAUGACCGAUGACUUCAACUAUGACCCCUUCUACAAGGAGUUCAUAACGCUGUCGAGAGCCAUUGAAAUAGAUUCGUUUCGCGUGCCCGAUGCGCAGCUGCAGCGCGAGAUUCUAGAAGAUCGCAAACUCAGACAGGACUUCCUGCGCCGCUGCCUGGGCCACUUCACACUCUCGCUUGGUCCCAAUGUGUCCAUAUCGGCGCAGUACUACAACUACUUUUAUCGACACGUCUAUCCAAAAAAGGUGCACAUCAUGCGGCGCGACAACAGCGUCGUGCAGAAGCGCCGUCAGAUUAUUGUGCGGCAGGAGGACAAGGACACGGAACAGAUAACGCACGAGUAUCAAAUCAAGAUGACGGGCGGCUGGUACGAAUGCAAAGUGGGCGGUGAAGUUCUUCGUGUGACCACGGAACAAUUAAAUCGUGUACGCAAUCUGCAUCCGCCUGGCAUGAUGCUUCUAGGCUUCAAGCAUCGAUCCGCGCUGCCAGAUGUUAUCUACAGCAAGCCCUGCAACUUUAUGUAUCCGGAUGACCAGAACAUAAUUGGCUCCAAGCGGCUGUUUCGCGCGCUGUGGCAGCGUUGCUUGGAGCGCGAAAAGAUCGCCAUUUGCCUGUUUCUGUGCAAGCGCAAGUCUGUGCCGCGCUAUGUGGCGCUGGUGCCUGUGGAGGCCGCCCAGCCGGAUGACAAAAACUAUCGCUCGCUGCUAUCGGGAGAUGGCUUCAAGAUUGUCUACUUGCCGGAGUCCAAGCAUAUACGUCGGAUAGAUUUGAGCGACUGGAACAAAAUUGACAAUACCGCAACGGACGAGGGCGUCGAUUUCUUUCAAAAGGUCAUCAGGAAACUGAGCGUCGACUACCAGCCCAAUCUCAUCAACGAUCCCAAUCUGGAGGUGCUGCAGGCCAAUCUGCUUGCGCUCGCCUUAAACUUUAAAACCGAACAGGACGGUCUUACCCAGCUGCCCGAUCCAGCGUUGCAAAACAAGCGCAUCGAAAAGUUUUUGCCCACCUAUGAGACGAUCUUUGAACCCGAAAUUGAACCGGCCAAAAAGCGUACAGCCAAGCCCAGUUCCGACGAGGGCAGUGCGCCAAAAAUGCCAAAAAUUGAAGAGUCGCAACUAAGCAGCUACGAAUUUGUGGAAAGGCUAAUCAAGGAUAAGCUUCUGGGCUCCUGCACUGCCAACCAGCUCCGCCUCAUACUCGAUCAACACUUUGACGUCAAGCCAGCCAAAUCUGCAACCAAGGCUGUGCUCAUAGAACGCAUCGAAACGCUGAGCGCUUAAACUGCUUUGUUGUAGACAUUCGUCGUUAGUUGUUAAACUGAAAUAUGCUGAAUGUUAAUUAGACUAAGUGUUGUUAGAUUGCAACAGGAUCUGGAUAUCAGUGAAUGAAUUGUUAUAAACUUAAAUUUGUCAACCUGUGUCAUAAGAGAAAAAGAGAUAAGGAAAAUGCGAGACUAGCCUAUA